AUGAAAGGAAGCACUUGUGGUGAGGAAUGGCCGCACCUAACUUACAGACAGAUUUACACAACACUAUUAUUUGUUUGCUUUUAUGUUGUUCCUUUAACUAUUGUGGUCUUUGCUUACACAGCGAUCGUGCGUGAACUGAAUAAGAAACGAGACUAUCAUAAUGCUGCUUUGAAUGAUGUUCGGAAUGAAGAAACACAGAAAGUUGUUAGUUUGUUGAUUAAAAUAACGGUAGUCUUCGCACUUUGUAAUCUACCAAGUCAACUCAUGUGGUUGUGGUUAGACUUUGGUAAUGCAGAUGAAAUAUUUCCUUACUUCUGGGAUUUGUUAGCUUCUUUGAAUGUAUUUAUUUUUGCUAACAGUGCAUGUAAUCCGUUGCUGUACUAUAUCUUCCAUGAUAGAUUCCGGCAAGAGGUUAACUUGUAUUUGACAAAAUGUUGUAAAAAGAAGACAACAGAGAGAACAGAUGGUAAUAACGAGCUACUCUGUAUUGCAAAGAACAAUAUAUCAAAAAACUGGACAUUUGGAAAUGAAAGUCAGUCAAAUUUUGUAAUGCUUCACACGAACUUUGGUUCAACUGACGUACAGACUUGCACUACUCAAGUAUAA